GCCGGAAGACGGACCCGGAUGGCCUCAGAGGCGGCUGCGUUGUGUAGGUGAGGUCUGGGGUUGCCGGCUUUUCCGCGCCCGCUGGUCGCCUCAUGCUGCGGGCCUCGGCCACCAGCCUUCGCUCGGAUUGGCGGCGCUGAGGCGCCGGGGCAGCAGGCGACAUGUCGUCGGGCCUCCGCGCCGCUGACUUCCCCCGCUGGAAGCGCCACAUCUCGGAGGAGCUGAGGCGCCGGGACCGACUGCAGAGGCAGGCGUUCGAGGAGAUCAUCCUGCAGUAUAACAAGUUACUGGAGAAGUCAGAUCUUCAUUCAGUGUUGGCCCAGAAACUACAGGCCGAAAAACAUGACAUACCAAACAGGCAUGAGAUAAGUCCUGGACAUGAUGGCACGUGGAAUGACAGUCAGCUACAAGAAAUGGCCCAGCUGAGGAUUAAACACCAAGAAGAACUGACUGAAUUGCAUAAGAAACGUGGAGAGUUAGCUCAGUUGGUGAUUGACCUGAAUAACCAAAUGCAGCAGAAGGACAGGGAGAUGCAGAUGAAUGAAGCAAAAAUUGCAGAGUGUUUGCAAACUAUCUCCGACCUUGAGACAGAGUGCCUAGAACUGCGCACAAAGCUUCAGGACCUUGAAAGAGCCAACCAGACCCUGAAGGAUGAAUAUGAUGCCCUGCAGAUCACUUUUACUGCCUUGGAGGAGAAACUGAGGAAAACUACUGAAGAGAACCAGGAGCUGGUCACCAGGUGGAUGGCCGAAAAAGCCCAGGAAGCUAAUCGCCUGAACGCAGAGAAUGAAAAGGAUUCCAGGCGGCGGCAAGCGCGGCUGCAGAAAGAGCUUGCAGAAGCAGCAAAGGAACCUCUACCGGUUGAACAGGAUGAUGACAUUGAAGUCAUUGUGGACGAAACCUCUGAUCACACUGAGGAGACCUCUCCCGUGCGAGCCAUCAGCAGAGCAGCCACUAAGCGACUCUCGCAGCCUGCUGGAGGCCUUCUGGAUUCUAUCACUAAUAUCUUUGGGAGACGCUCUGUCUCUUCCUUUCCAGUCCCUCAGGAUAAUGUGGAUACUCACCCUGGUUCUGGUAAAGAAGUGAGGGUACCGACUACUGCACUGUGUGUCUUUGAUGCACAUGAUGGGGAAGUCAACGCUGUGCAGUUCAGUCCAGGUUCUCGGUUACUGGCCACAGGAGGCAUGGACCGGAGGGUUAAGCUUUGGGAAGUGUUUGGAGACAAAUGUGAAUUCAAGGGUUCCUUAUCUGGCAGUAAUGCAGGAAUUACAAGCAUUGAGUUUGAUAGUGCUGGAUCUUACCUCUUAGCAGCUUCAAAUGAUUUUGCAAGCAGAAUUUGGACUGUAGAUGAUUAUCGAUUACGGCACACACUCACGGGACACAGUGGGAAAGUACUCUCUGCUAAGUUCCUGCUGGACAAUGCACGGAUUGUCUCAGGAAGUCACGACCGGACUCUCAAACUCUGGGAUCUACGCAGCAAAGUCUGCAUAAAGACAGUGUUUGCAGGGUCCAGUUGCAAUGAUAUUGUCUGCACAGAGCAGUGUGUAAUGAGUGGCCACUUUGACAAGAAAAUUCGUUUCUGGGACAUUCGGUCAGAGAGUAUAGUCCGAGAGAUGGAGCUAUUGGGAAAGAUUACUGCCCUGGACUUAAACCCAGAAAGGACUGAGCUCCUCACCUGCUCCCGUGAUGACCUGCUAAAAGUUAUUGAUCUUAGAACAAAUGCCGUCAAGCAGACAUUCAGUGCACCUGGGUUCAAGUGCGGCUCUGAUUGGACCAGGGUUGUCUUCAGCCCUGAUGGCAGUUACGUGGCAGCAGGCUCAGCUGAGGGUGCUCUCUAUGUUUGGAGUGUGCUCACCGGGAAAGUGGAGAAGGUUCUUUCGAAGCAGCACAGCUCAUCUAUCAAUGCAGUGGCGUGGUCCCCCUCCGGCUUGCACGUUGUCAGUGUGGACAAAGGAUCCAAAGCUGUGCUGUGGGCGCAGUAUUGACGGGGCUCUCAGGGCUGGGGGGACCUCAGCACCCUCCUCCGGAGAAGCAAAUGGACUCCCACAGCUCUGUCCUGGCAGGCAGUGUGCCGGGAAUAGCUUUGACCUCCCAGAGAAGAGCUCAAGCCAUGUGGCUCAGUGGCCUUCCUUUGAACAGGAUUUCUGAGGAUUUGACUAUGGUCUCUACUGGCCUGGAAGAAUAACACUGAAAAACUGACACUGCAGUCACUGAGCAGAGGUUUAGGCUCUUACCUUGGUUCAUGUGGGAAACACUACUAGCUCUGACCUUCCAUACCUCAUUGGGGAGCACAGGGCCUGUGGGUCUCCUGACUGGAUGGCAGUGCCAAAAACACCCCACGUCUGGGUGUUGGUUCCCUGUGCUUUCUCCCGUCCUUCCAAAGUUGUUUCUGGCUUAGUGCAUGUCCUGUCACCUUGGGGCCGUUUGCCCAAUGAACUGCUUUAAGCAUUGGAUUAACAGAGACUCAAAUGUGGGGCCCGUCCUAAUUCUAAGGGGCCCAUGGUCUCCUUGUUGCUGGUAGGCUGCAAUGUUAUUACAGGGCUCUUGUUCUCAACGCGUCUUAUUACUGCUGAAAUUGCCCUACGUCUCUUCAACUGUUCUCCAGAUCUUCUGGUUCCCUUGCCCCCCCCCCCCCAAAUUCUACAUAUUUAUUUCUUGGUCAAGAAAUAAAUCUCAACUUGGCUUUUUAAAAAAAAAAGUGUUUGAGAGGAGAGGAAGUAUGAAAACCUUUUCCAGAGAAGUGGGUUUGCUGCAAACACCCAGAAGGUGGGGUGUGUGACACAGUCUUGCAAGUGACAAGGGAUUUGGGGCCUUGAACAUAUUACUCUGGAGCCGGUGAUUCCAGCCCCUGCCCCUGCCCAGCCUGUGUGCAGCACCCUCAGUGCUUUAGUGCAAGAAGCCCAGCCCCAGAAGCACAGCAGCGGCACCUCCCAUUUCAGGGGUCGCGAUGAAAGCCGGGGGGAGAACAUUUAUCUUUACCAUUUUACCUGUUAUAAAAUUUUAGUUCUUUGGGUGUCUGAAACACCGGUGUUUUUAUCACUUUUUAAUUUGCACUUUACUUUUGUUUCUUCCACACUUGUUCUCUGGGCCCUUGGGGAUGUGAGUGCUAGAGCCAGUGAGAGGAGCGAGGGGGCCUUCCUGCCGACAGGGCCUCAUUCUCCUCUUUUCCCUGCCUGCAUCUGCCCUUUACGGUUUGCUCUUCAGAGAACCUGUGCUAAGGAGAGUUGAAAUUCACAGGGCACAUCUUUUAUUUAUUUAUGUUGCCCAACAGAACUUGAUUGUAAAUAAAAAAUCUGUUAUAUACUUUUCAAAUUCCAUGUCUCUUGGUUGUUAUUUUAUUCUUCUUUGCCCUUAACAAAGAAAGGGGAAAGAAAGUUAUUCUUUUGUUCUCUUGUUAUUUAUUCAUUUUGUAAGUAAUGGAUAGUGCUUUUCUGAGGUCUUUCCUCAUUGCUCAUAAUGUAAAACUCCAUUCCAUGAAUUAUCGCUCCAUAUAAACAUCAAUAUUCCAGUUUCACAUGUGCACAUCGUAACCAGAAAAAGUGUUUCUUCAGAACUUUGCCAUCUGUAGAAGAGCCCGACACACGCAUUCUACAGUUUUCUGCACUGAGCCCUUCUCCAUAGGAUUUAUAUGAAUUAUAUGGGUCUCCUUUUGACCUCAGACUUCCUCUUUGCUAAAGAGGUGUGAAUUUUCUUCAUUAAGGAGUGGUUUAUUUGUGGCAGCUCAGAUACCUAACAAGCAGCCUGAGCCACAACAAAUGACCACCAUGAGGGUCUCUGCCGGACGUCCACUUAGCCCAGCAGCUUGAGUCACGGUUCCAUUAUGAUCUGGAGUCUGAGCCAGCCAACAUUUGCAAAAAAGCUGAAUGAACCCUUUACAAUCACUUCCAAGGAGGUGAUGAUUCUCAAAAUAGGCCCCAAAUAAGUGUUGCAAUAGCCUCAGAUUAUCCUGUUUUUGAACUUGGAGGGAAGCACUGCUGUUCUCUGUGUUUCUCAGCCUGAAUUUCAUCCCACACUAAAAACUCUCUGUCCUUUAACUGUCAAGGCUGAGCUAAAGGGGAGGGGUCUCAGCACUGGGGAAUGUGCAUCAACAGGGGCCUUCCCAGUUGUUUUGUUUUGAGACAGUCUC